AUGAUGCUUAUUGAGCGACGCGAACGAUAUAAUGCGAUUUAUAAGAAUGGAUCGGACCAGCAUUUAUCAAAAUAUGACAAUUUUAGUAAUAAAAAUAAAGGGUCACACUAUAUGCUUAUGACCAACGAUUCGUACGUUGAUAAGAAUAGCGUUCCGGAAUUUCAUGAUAGCAAAACCCGGUUAGAUUUAAAGUUUAACAAUGUAAAACUUAGCGGUUUGUCACAUGAUAAAAUAAUAAUCGAUGAUAAAUCAAUCAUCUUAGACAAGUCUCUAAGUCUAGAUGAUGUGUCCGCUCAGAGUUUGAAUUUCAAUAACCCAGAUGAUCUUAUUAACCAAGAUGAGGUGAUAGAUAAUAAGAAUGUUGUACAGUCUUUCGCAAAUUUCCUUUGUUUACCUGAAAAUGUGGACAAGAGCUUGUCCCGGGUAAAACAUCCUAAUACACACAAAGAUGUUUCAAAUGGAAAAGAAAAUGUAAAUUAUAAUGCACAGGCAAAUGUGCAAUUUACACAAAAUUUUGAUUCCAAUGUAAAUCGCUCGCUCCAAAACGGCACACCUGAAGUUUCAGGAGCUACGUCCGGGGAAGCGAAUAAGAGAAUGAAUAGCAGUAGUAUGAAUUACUAUGACGAUGAUACCAAACAACUGUUGAAUCCCACAAAGAAGGCGAAUUUUGGUAUUAAAAUGGAUAAGAACCAAAAGGACGAACUUUCACAACUACUUUUGGGACAGCUCAGCAGGAAUGAUAAAAAUAAAGCUAUAGAGGAUACUAACACCAGGAUAUAUAGUAGACUCAAAGAUAUUGCUAUCGGAAAAGCCACUAAGGGAUACCAAAACUACAUUAAGAAGGUGCCCAUUGCUGAAAGGGGUCCAGACGAUCCGCAGACUCCAAAUUCGAAGGAGAAUAUAUCUGCUUCUAGAUUUCGCGCAAUCUACAGAGCAUGGCGUACACACUUGCAUAAGUACGAUAAUAUCACAUAA